AUGUGCCACUGCAGCAACUACUGCGGAGGCCUCGGCGGGCUGGGCUUCGGCCGUGGCUGUGGAUGCGGCAGCUUCCGCAGGCUGCGCUUUGGCUCUGGCUUUGGAGGCUACGGAUGUGGCUCUGGUUUCGGAAGCUUUGGCUCUGGCUGCUAUCACCGCCCACUGUUCUUUAGAAGAUGUGGUUUCUCCAGCUUCUACUAA